GUACGGAGUUGACUGCGACAGCCCUCUGGCGGGGAUUUAAAACGAAAGCAGUGAAAAGCCGGCUGUUUACCAAACCUGUGUUUUUCGGAAAUAUAAAAUCAUACGAGGUUGAACAUUGAAGACCUUCCUAAAAAUGAUGCGAUUUUUGAGGAGGCAUCCUCCUAAGGAAGGUGAAGGACGAGAGAGCCAGAAAAAGGAAUUGUUUGGGUUUCGACGGUUAGGUGAGCAUGGUUUUCCAAGCAAGCCAUCAGCCUUGGCCUUUGACCCUAAGCUGAAACUGUUGGCAAUUGGGACCAAAACUGGUGCCAUUCGAAUAUUUGGAGCAGCUGGUGUCGAGUGGACUGGGCAACACAAGGAAGAUGUUACUGUCGCAGAACUCUACUUCCUUCCGGAACAGGGUCGGUUGAUAUCGCAGUGCUCAGACAACAGCCUCCACCUGUGGGAGAUCAACAAUGACCGCGACGGAACUAACUCUUCCCUUGACGAGGUCAAACACUUUGUCAUCGAGAACAACAAGAUGAAGACUGUUUCGGCGUGUUGCCUGACGACGAACCAUGAGCAACUGUUGCUGGGUACCGAGGGUGGGAACAUUCUCAUCCUGGACGUCAAGUCCUUCACACUCAUGGACCAGAUAAUCUACCAAGACGUCGUCAUGCAGAAUGUACCAGAUGACUUCAAAGUAAAUCCUGGUGCAGUGGAGUCUAUUGCUGUACAUUGUAAGGAUCCUGACAAGUUUCUGAUAGGUUACAAUCGAGGGCUGAUAGUUCUGUGGGACAUCAAGGCCAGCAACUCUGAACAGACUUACAACUCAACACAGCAACUAGAGUCGCUAUGCUGGUCCCGCAGCGGAGAAGAGUUUAUGAGUGCCCAUGCCGAUGGUAGCUACAUCACAUGGGAUGCCGCUAACUCCUCAGAACCCAAGGAACCUGCCCAGACACCUUAUGGGCCAUUCCCUUGCAAAGCCAUAUUCCAAAUGGAUUGGAAGACGGCUAAAGCAGACUCCUUCAUCAUAUUCUCUGGGGGAAUGCCCCGAGCUAGUUAUGGGGAUAAGCACACUGUGAGCAUCAUGCAGGGACAGACCCACGUUGUCCUUGACUUCACGUCCAAGGUCAUAGACUUUGUCACCAUCAGUCGCGCCGAUGAGAACGACACUGAUGAAGAUAGAGCUGAGCAUGAUGAGCCCCACACGUUGCUGGUGUUGGCAGAUGAGGAGAUAGUAGCAAUUGACCUUGACACUGAAGGUUGGCCAACGUUCCAACUCCCAUAUGUAUGCAGUCUACACUCGUCUGCCAUCACAUGCUCACAGCACAUCUCUAACGUACCCGAACAACUCUGGACUAAGAUCACUGAUGUUGGCAAUGCUCAGAAGAAGGGAUUAUCCAAGAGGGAAUGGCCAGUGACAGGUGGAACUCCACAAACCAUAGACUCUUUCACCAGGGAUCUACUUCUCACAGGCCAUGAAGAUGGUUCAGUGCGGUUCUGGGACGCUUCUACAUCAUGCCUGCAGUUUCUGUACAGACUGACCACAUCCACCAUCUUCCAUGUGGAUGUCCAGUCUCCUGACAGUAAUGGUGAAAUGGAGGAGGAGUGGCCGCCAUUCAGAAAGGUGGGCACAUUUGACCCAUACAGUGAUGACCCACGCCUGGGCAUACAGAAGAUUGCACUGUGUCCACUCAGCGAGACGCUGGUGGUGGCGGGAACAGCAGGUCAGGUCAUUAUACUACAGAUGGAGCGAGAGGAGAGGGAACAGGAGGUGAAGUCGGUGACGGUGAACAUUGUUGGUGACCGUGAUAACUUUGUGUGGAAGGGGCAUGAGGCUGUGACCCCACGGGAGGGAGAUGUGAAGUACCCAGCUGGAUACCAACCAACCUGCAUCAUGCAGCUCUACCCGCCAGCUGCAUGCACAGCACUUGCAUUCCACUCCGAAUGGCAGCUGGUUGGAGCUGGUACAGCCCAUGGUUUUGGUCUCAUAGACUAUGUACAGAAGAAGGAAGUAACCAGCAAGUGUACACUUAAUCCAGAUGAUUUAACAGGCACGUCAGAGACCCAGAUGUCUCGAACAAAAACCCUGAAGAAGUCUCUGCGGGAGUCCUUUAGGCGACUGAGACGACGGAGGUCGGAAAGAAGAGCCAAGGGUAAAGAAGAGGCUAAGGGGAAAAAAGUUGAGGAGGUUGCCACAGCUGAAGCAGGCCCAUCAACAGCCAUUGAGGUGUCACCAACCACACCCGAACCCAAACCUGUAGAACGCAGCGUGGAGUUCCGUAACACCGAAGACUCUAUGGCGUCCAUGGUCCGCUGCCUAUACUUUGCUGAUACAUUCGUUGUUAAUAGUCAUACACACAACCCGUCCUUGUGGGUAGGAACCAAUGGAGGCCAUGUGUUUAUCUACAACAUUACUGUCCCAAGUGGUGAGAAGCGUAAUGAGGAUGCUGUGGCAUGCAUUCUAGCCAAGGAAAUCCGUCUGCGCCAUGCAGCCCCAGUCAUCUCUAUCGGGGUAGUGGACGGGAAGGACCGGAUCUUGCCAGACUCUCUUGAGGUCCAACACGAAAGGGCCAAGGCCCCUGAUAUGGCAUCACACCAUUCCGUCAUUAUUGCAUCGGAAGAGCAGCUUAAAAUUUUCACCUUGCCCCACCUUAAAGCCAAGUGGAAGUUCAAGCUGACAGCAGCAGAUGGUUCUAGAAUUCGGAAGGUUGCAUUUGUGAACUUUCGUAGCCGUAGUGAUGACAACUACCAAGAAAACGAUGUGGCUUGCCUCAGCAACCUCGGAGAGUUGAGUGUGUACUCCAUCAGAACACUGCGCCAGCAAGUCCAGGCAGCUGCCAUCAAACGGGAGGACAUCAAUGGCAUCACAUCCUUCAUCUUCACCAAGUUUGGUCAGGGUUUUUACCUGUUCUCAUCAUCAGAGUAUCAGCGGGUUACACUGUCAGCUCGCUACCAGGGGGAGCCCAAGUGCACCAUGGAGCUUGCAGAGGGUAUGAGGCCCGAACCGCCAGAGGAACUGGAGCCAGAGGCUGCAGGGACAGAGCAGGGAGUAGAGGGACCAGGUGGGGAUGCCUAUAACACGGGGGACAUUGCUGAUGCCCUGAAUGAGACUGCCGACUCAAGAGCUGACAUUACUAUGGAAGCUGAGGUCACCCAGGACAGUGUGGCCAUAAUUGACCAUACAGGGGAUAUGAGCGUGACCAGCAGCAACUCGGAGGCCCUCGUUACCGAGGAAGCAAGCCCUGUCAUUGAGACUGCUGCAAGCACAGAAGAGCCACCAACUGAAGGGGGAGAUGUGCCUGCUGAUAACACAACAGAUGACGCGAAGGUUGAACAAUCGUCCGUCGAGACUGAGAAAGUGACGGAGAAGGUCGAAGAGCUGAAGAUUUCUGUGAAACUGGCUGACAAUGACGACCCUGCUCUUGAGAAACUGAAGAAUGCUGGGCCCAUGGAGAACGGCCACAAUGAACCUGUCACAGCUUGAACUUCUAAUGCUGUUGUGGUCUGCUAGUUCAUGUCUGCAUCUUGUGUCAUUGACAUACAGCUAUUUAUUCUUAGACUUGCUCAUUUUGAGUUUUAACGAAGUUUUGUAUGUAACAAAUCUGGUCUGUCUGAAUGUUUAGUUCCAAUACAAAACUAGUGACAAUGUUCUGUUUAAAUUGCUUUUUAUGAUUUAUUUUUUUGCAUUGACCUCCAUUAAAGUAGUCUAGAUCACAGAAUUUUACUUGCCAUAGAAUUAAUUUUUGUAGAUGUGUUUUGCUUGAAAUGUUUAUGUAAGUCUUCUCAUGAAACGUCAUGGGAAAGAGCAAAGGUACAUGAAAUCCAGAGAAAGAAGCCUAGAAAUUUGCUCGCUAGCAAUACAACAUCUCAUUCUUUCAGAAACAUUAAAGUAGUACUACCCAUCAGACUGGACUCCAUUUUGCAGCUUAGCUUUGAGUACAGGAAUACAAGGCUAUUUCAUUUCACUCUCAUUCAUUCCUAGACUCACUUUAUGAAUUGUUAAUGUUCCCAUCCAUCUCAUUUCAUAUCAUUCAUACAAAGUCUUCAUUUCAUUGUACUUAAACCAUUAUCAGUUUCAUCAUGUCAUUGUUUGUGCUCUACAUUUCUGUUUACUUGUGUAUGUCAGUGUGCAUGCAGCUUGUUUACAAAUAAUUUUAUUUGAAUGGAUUAGUGCUUCAUGCCAUUUGAAAUUGAAUUUUAAUUGAUAGGGCCCCUGCAAUAUUGUCAACUAAUGCAAUCAUGUCAUUUCCUUAACUUUUUUGUUCAGCAUUAAACCGUUGAGCAUUUCGAUUUCUACAUAUUACUCAAUGUUUUAUAUAAAACAACAUGUACAUGUAUGGGAAUCAUUUUUUAUAAUUUUCAUGUUACUUUCUGUGUAUUAUAUUCAAUAUUUACGGGCUUCUUUGGAAUCCUGUGUAUUGGUUAUAUGUAACAAAUAUCUGCAUAAUACACGUAAGUAACCUAAUGUCUAAUACUAUUUACAUAUGGCCUAAUACCUUGUAUGUUAAAUAACUGAUCAUGAUAGAAAUAUUAUAAAUCCAUAUUGUUUGUGGUUGUCUCUGUAUAUAUAAAUGUGUAAACUAUGUUGUGAAAUGGUGGUGUUUACUUACGUCUUUUUUAUUUAAAAUAUUUUUAUAUAUUUCAGUAUAAAAAGCGCAAAGUUGUGACUUAUAUACUUAUAAUAAAAACGAACAUAGCACAUAGCGUACAUAUACAACUUAUUUUAAGCUGCAAUAUGAAAUGUUUAUUAAGCUGUUUAGGAAUUAAGUCAUUAAUUUCCAUAUCUUUCUCUGACCGUAAGUAUUAACUUGUAGGGCUGUGAAUGUGUAAUGUGUGGAGACUUACUCUACAUGAAUUGUCUGUGCCUUUUUACUGCUUCUUGUGAUAAGGUCAUUGAUUUUUUAUUUGUCAGUUCUUUUUGUUUGCUGAUUUCCAGAGGUUGUAAAUGUGUAAUGUAAUGAUGUACGAAUAAUUUCUACCUUAAAUAAUGACCUUGAUUCUGUCUUAUUUAGUUGGUGUAGCUUUCGCAUGGUUGUCUUUUUAAGGAAAUAGUUGCUGGAUAUACGAUAUCACUUUUAUUUCAUUCAUUCUUAUGUAUAAUAACACCAUUUUGGAGUUAAUUCGCUGAUCUGUGUAAAAUGUGGUGGAAGUACACUAAAUAAAACUGUAAUUGUAUA